AGGAUUUGUUGUGAAAGUCCUGCACCGGACCAGAUAGCUCAUCACUUUCCACAGAUUGAUCCAAAGCUCUAUGCUUCAAGAGGCAACAGAAGGACAUCACAUUAACUUCUCAGCAGAAUACGCGCAGCUUCCUAUUACCAUGGAAAAACAGCCCACGGUGGUGUUUCAUAAUGUGGGGCAAGUUUACUUCCCCCAAUCCAGAGUGGAGUGCCACUACAGUCUGACCUCUGACCACCGCUGGAGCAGCUCUGACUGGAUAGGGAUUUUUGAGGUGGGCUGUACUUCAAGGAAACAAUAUCACACAUAUACGUGGGCUCUUGUCCCUGAAGGCUACACUGAAGGUACCAGCGUAAACUGCUGUGCACUUUUCUACGCUUCCUACCUGCCCCGGCCCAGUGCUGUGGAGUAUCAGUUUAUAUACGUAGAAAAGAUGGGAAAGGUGUGUGCCCGAAGUCGUCCCUUCACCUUCAGAGCUCCCAAACCGCUGGAGGAGCUGGAGACUCUGGAAGAGGAGCGAGAUGUGGAGGACGGAGAGGAAGAGGAUCUGCUACUGGUCAUCACCAAGGCUCAGCUGCUGCAGGGUCAGCUGGAUGAAAGCUUAAAAAAACAAGCAGAUAUACAUCUGGCCCUGGACGUGGCGAAAGAGGAGGCAGAGAAACAGAAAGAGGACAGCAGAAAAGCAAGGGUGGCCUGGGAGCUCGAAAGAGAAGCAAUGAAGCAGGAGAUCUCAGAGCUCAGAGCCAACAUGAAACACAACUGUGAGAUCUUGAAGAAGAUAGAAGGAAAUCACAAGAAUGUAAAAUAUAGUCAGGAAAAUCUGACAUCAGAGCUGAGUAAACUGAUGGUUGAAAAAGAUGAGAGUGAGCAGCGGAUCCAAGAGCUGGAGGAGGACAUCAAGGUCUUGAAUGACAGGGAGAAAGAGGAGACCAGUGAACUGGAAAGGCUGAAGGAGAGAGUGAAGAAAAUGUCCAGUCAAAUGAAACAUGACGAGGAAAAGAGAAAGUGUCUUCAGCGGGAGUACGAGGCGGCUCUGGUGGAGGUUCGAGGCCUGCAGGAUCGUCUGGAGGCUAGUGAGCAUGUAGCUGAGAGCCUCCGCAGGGAGCUGAGGGAGCUGGGCAUCCGUCAGGGCCACACCAACACCGAGCUGCACCAGGCCCGGCUGCAGGUGGCCCAGCUCACCCUGCAGCUGUCCGAGGAGAACCUGGUGCUCAGGGAGGAGAGAUCCAACUGGACUCUAGAGAGAGAGGCGUACAAACAUGCAGCAGAGGUGAGGCUACAGCAAAGCACAUACAGAGGUGGGAAGUAG